AGCGUCUGACUGACAUUCGGUCCAGGAGAGAAAAAAAACACUUCUACACUUCAGGGAUGGCAGAAACCGCUCCAGCACCCCCCGCAGCUUCUGCGAAGAGUCCUAAGAAGAAAUCUGCUGUCAGAAAAAAGAAAAGUGGUCCUAGCUUGUCCGAUCUUAUUUUGAAAGCAGUUUCUGAAUCAACGGAACGUAAAGGGUUAUCUGUUCCUGCCAUAAAGAAGAUUUUGACAAGUUAUAAUUUCGAUGUAGAGAAAAAUAAAAGCCGUUUCAGAACUACAUUGAAGACCCUGGUGGAUAAAGAGGCUUUAGUGCAGGUAAAGGGAACUGGCGCUUCAGGGUCCUUCAGAGUUGGGAAGAAGUUGCAGGCAAAGAAGACUACGCAGAAAAAGCCCCCUCCUAAAAUUAAGAAGCCGGCAGCAAAGAAGCCAGUGCCCAAGAAAACGAAGAAACCGGCAGCCAAGAAACCCGUGGCUAAAAAAACUACAAAGGCUGUAAAGAAGCAGGUAGUAACUAAGAAGACAAAGAGUCCGAUUAAGAAAGCCAAAAAGACUGUUGUGAAGAAAGUAUCUCAAUCCCCCAAGAAGGCCAAGACGGCUAAGAAAAAACCGAUAAAGAAGACCAAACCCAAGAAGACAGCCUCCAAAAAGAAGUAAACGGCCAGUUGAUACAAUUUAAAAAAACCAAAGGCUCUUAUAAGAGCCACCACAAUUUCCAAAAAGUAGACUAUCCAUUUGUUUGUGAAUUGUGUUCUCUUUUCAAUGUUUAUGAGACAUGUAGGCCUAUGUUAUUGUUCAACUCUGCAUAAACAGUUUAAUUUGUUUAAUUUAAAAUUUAAACCCUAUCUAGGCCUACUGUCGAAUAUGCAGAGGCUUUUACAUAUAUCAACAGUUCUAAAAUUAGUUGGAUAAAAGAGAACACCUGACAUGGAGUCCCAUAUAACAUAGACUACUACUGAAUUCAAGACUGGCCCAUUGCCCAUAAAUUAUUGGUAUUGCAUGACCUAACCCUAAGAGGGCUAACUUUAAGUCGCCUUCACAAGUAGAUAAGUCUGAUUUCUUCAAAAUAUGGGCAGGCACGGGAUAGGACAGUGCUUAAAGACAAUUGAAAUGUGAUAACACAUGCAGGCUGUUUUUUCUAUUUCUUUUCAAUUAGAUUCCGUAUUAAUGCAUUUUUUUUACAGGGAAUCUAGAGCGGGAAUAACGUUAUAGGCUAGUCUACACUGCAUGACAAGCUUCCUAUUUGAAAAAUGUGCCAUGUUGACACAUCCAGAAACUAGAGUGGAACAAAAUGUUGCAAUCGGUCGGCCGUUAAAUUCAAGUUACUGCACGCCGCCGGUAGACGAUUAUUACGCGCCCAUAGGGUUUCACACAUUUCUACCAACGCCUAAAAGGAUUGACUUCAUUGGUUGGAAAAGGUGCGAACCACAUCAUUGGGAUGGGGAGGGUUUUUUUUUCACUAGCCAAUGAUUUUUCGUUUAAGCGUGCUUCUUGCAUGUGCUACCGUUUAUGGAAACGUCACGUUCCCAAGACAUUUGAGUAAGGGUCAGUUAACGGCUGGACCUUAGCAGAAUCAUGAGGAAAACCCAUAUGGUUUAAAAUAGGAAAUAUAACGUAUUUCUCUAUAGCCUGAUAGUGUCCUGUAACAUAGUGUCCUGUAGCAUUAUACUACUGGGUCUUAGGGAGACUGGCAUUUCCCUGACAUUUUCAUCUACACCAUGGGAAAUCUGUACAUUUUGAGUCAAUUUUUACCAACUUGUGGGACAUCCUUGUCAUGGCUGAAUGGUGUAUGGAAUGGAACAAUCGUUGUAAAACAUACCUGUCACCUCAUACUGUGGCAGCUAAUAUACCCAUUACUGCCAUCAUGGAAAUAAAUGUGAAUUGUAAUUUGUA